AGGUGCACGAGAAAAAGCGAGACCAUGCUGAUGCCGCAAAAAUUGUACUGAAGAAUAUGGCUCUAAAGAAAGUUGGAUGAUGUUUCUGUUUCACUUGUAAUCUGAAGUGUUGUUAGCAUAAUGUACAUAUACAGUUGUAUCCCAUAGUCCAGUCCAAGACCUGUGAAUUAUAUUUUAACAAUGGAUGGUUCCGGACAGAAUUUUCCUAACUAUGGCCAUAGUCUGUCAGUCUCGUCUCAGGGUAGUAUAAUGUCCCCAGCCAUGCACUCGGGAUACCCUGGGUCCAUGACAACGACAAUGUUACCAGGAGCAUCUCCAGGGGGCUUGUUUCCACCACCGACCCCAGGGGGACCUUUGACUCCCAUGACCCCAGCCACACCAGCAUCAGAAGGAUCUGGAAUAGUUCCACAGCUACAAAAUAUAGUAUGCACAGUGAAUCUAGGCUGCAAGCUUGAUCUCAAGAAGAUUGCUCUGCAUGCUAGAAAUGCAGAGUACAAUCCCAAGCGUUUUGCUGCUGUUAUCAUGAGGAUAAGAGAUCCUAGGACCACAGCACUCAUAUUCAGCUCAGGGAAGAUGGUGUGCACAGGGGCAAAGAGUGAGGAGCAAGCAAAAUUAGCAGCUAGAAAAUAUGCCAGAAUUGUACAGAAAUUGGGAUUUCCUGCCAAAUUUAUGGAUUUCAAGAUCCAGAACAUGGUGGGUAGCUGUGAUGUAAAGUUUCCCAUUAGACUGGAAGGUCUUGUACUCACACACGGACAGUUUUCAAGUUAUGAACCAGAGCUGUUUCCUGGUCUUAUAUACAGAAUGGUUAAACCUAGGAUAGUACUGCUUAUAUUUGUGUCAGGAAAAGUAGUAUUAACAGGAGCCAAAGUUAGACAAGAAAUUUAUGAAGCAUUUGAGAACAUUUAUCCAAUAUUAAAAGGUUUCAAGAAAACAUGAUCUGAAUUACAAGAGAGAUAUGUAUCUGCUUAAAAGAAAUCCUGCUAUGUCAUAUUUUAUUUGCCAAGGUUCAAAAGGAACGCAAGAAACAUUCAUUUAAAGAAUGUUAGAAAAGUUGUCCAAAAACACUUGACUGUUCUAUAAAAUUUAAUGUGGAUUAGUGCCUUAAGAUAAAGGGCAUUAAAUAGUCAUUGGGGCAAACUGACUAAUUCACACACCCUAAGUGUUUUGUGAAUCGAAGCAAAAGAGUUUUAACAAGAAAUGGUGGACACUGCAUUUGGUUUACACACAGAAAUACUGAAAGGCAAAAACUUAUGUGGCAGUGGAUUACUUGAAGUGCUUCUGAUUUUUGCUCGGAUCUUUGAAAAGUGCUUCUGAAUAGUGAUAGAUUCAUUUUUACAGUUAAAGUUAGUUUCAGUUGUUAAUUUAUUUUACUUGAACUGCUCGCUGACAAAAAGUUUGAAAUGUGUUUGUUAAUAUAAUUUUACAUUUACUCCGUAUAAGUGAACCAGGCAGUUGCAGAUUAGCAUUAUACAGGGUGGAUUAAACUGUCUUGAACUUCAGAUUUAUAGAUGGUCUUAUUCGGUUAGAGUAGUAAUUCAUUAUAAUUUAAUUCAAUCCCAUAUUAUUUGACUUCAGUGUUGUCUCUGGCACAUAAUCAUGUUGACUCUAGCUUUUCACAUCUGAAAUUGUGAACAUGUCCCUUCAUAUGUGUAUGAUAAUUUUAUCAGCAUCUUGAGUUAUAUGCUCCUUAUUUUUGUAUUUUACUUAUUUUCAUUAUUUUUUUUAUUUUCAACUGUUUAUCUUUGGAAUGUGGUGCUGUUUAAUAAUAUUAUCACAAAAUUUUGUGGAUUGAACCUCGGUUUCUUUAACAACUUUGGAAUUGAAUCAAGUUUCAGCUGGUUGAAAAUGUAGUAAAAUCUGUUAGGAAUGACAUUAUUUUUGUAUUUAUAUCAGUUAUAUAGGAAUCCCAUAUGAUAUUACGAUGAAAGCAAAUUCAUGGUUUUUGACGUGAAAUGAUGGUUAGGCUUUGAAAGGGAUAACAUUGUACAAGAACUUGUUAGCACCCCUGGAAGUUAUCCUAUUUGUAUUCAUAUUCUUUUUAUAUUAUUAUUUGUAAGAUUAUCAUUCAUUUGAAUAAAAUAUUACUAGG